AUGAGUAUCAUUGCUGCAGCCCUACGAUGUCGGAUAAUUCAGAGAUAUUUUCUGUCAAUCAUUCAGUACAGGCACACGUCACAUCCGGCGCCAUACGGCAUAGUGGCGUCUGUCAGAUUCGCCAGCACUGAAACGAAGUCAGGAUUAUUGUCAAGAUUGAAGAACAUUUUCGUCCGAUCUUCAGACGAUAAGUUUCCUCCAAAUAAAAAGAUCGCGAACGAAUCGAAGAAUUCGUCUGAUCAGAAAAACAAACGGAAGUCGUUGAGCUGGUUGAGGGAAGUGGCUGUCGGUGCGGAACAGCCAACGGAUCGGGUACAGACAAUUCACCCGAAUAUUCAACCACCGAAGCGUGUUGUCAUCGAAAAUUCACUGUCCAAAGAUCAAGCCAGUAAACUUGUUCGGUAUCCAGAAUCAGUUGAUGUCAAGUCCUCAAGUUUGAUUGUCUCAGAAGAAAUUUCAAAUAGUCCCGCAACCAUGAAGCAGAUCCGACAAAAAGCCAUUAAUAAUGAAGUUGAAGCGCAGCGAGUUUACGAAAUGAAGAAUUACGCUUAUAUUGCACCGGAAGACAGCAAAAAUUCCCAAGAACUGUUAAUAAAACGGUCGACAAAAAAUUAA